AUGAUCGGUGUUCGUUCACGUGGAACUACUUUUCAAGCAAAUCUAGCCAAUUUAAGUAAAUAUUCUCACGAAGAUCCAAGUCAUUAUAUUUGUCAAAAUCGUGAUACUAUCCGUCGACCUCUUCCAAUGUGA